UUGAACUCACUGAAGUCAAGUUUUCAUAGUUCCGAGUUAACAGUUGUUUUGAGUGUGGCACAAAUACUGCUUCAUUGACAAUUCAUUCAAAUUGGGUUUGAUUCACACCCUGCCAGUGUGCCUGGAGGACAUUGGGUUUGAUUCAGACCCUGCCAGUGUACCAGGUGGACAUUGGGUUUGAUUCAGACCCUGCCAGCAUGGGCAGAAAUGUAUUCCAAGGUCAGUAACUUAUAACCACAGAACCACACCUAGACCUUUCAUGCAUGACUAAAAAUACCUAAGUAUUAGAUUUACUGCCAUGGUCUAGUAUAUCACCGUGUAUGUCACCGUCUCAGAGACCAUUCACAAUGCUGGAUGAGGUACGAGUAAAUCAUUACAUAUUAUUUCCUAACCAUUCACAAUGCUGGCUGAGGUACGAGUAAAACAUGACAUAUUAUAGACCUACAAGGUGUUUGCCUACGGAGCAGAAAGGUGAACUGCCACUCUCUACCUUCAGGCUCAAAUCCAACGCCCCGACCGAGUAGUUUAUAGUUUGGGUUCUGACGAGGUACGACAGUUGAACUAAACUCAUGAGACAAGUUAUAUUCUUCAAUAAUCAAUGGGUACAUAUAAUGAAUUUAUGAGUGGAAAAAAAUGAUGUAGCAACUGUGGAUCACCAAUUCAUAAUUGUUUUUGUUUUUUUAGGCGGUGCAGCCAGCGUGUGACGUAUAAUCUAGUGGACGGGACACUUCAACAAUAACAGCUCGUCCGACACCUCAGCAGCUAGUGAACCAAUAUAGCCGAACGAUUCAAGCUCUUUAGACUGUUUUGGUUGACAUUAGUCACCGUGUUUUAAGCCCACUUCUUUCGUAUCUACCAGUUGCCCCAUUUGAUUUAAUAUUUACGUUGUUGUUGGUAGUCAGCUACAUCAGCUGUCUCGUUAAUUUAGCACUAGCCGCUAAUUCAGGCUAGCUAGCAUCCCGACCAUGAGCUUCCUAAACUACUCACUCGUUAAAGAAGAGGAGGUCUGCUGGACGGAGAAAGAAGCUCUGGGGCUGAACAUUGUCGUGAAAGAGGAGAAAGAAGAGGAGGAUGUCACAGUAAAAAUAGAAGUAGAGAGUGAGGAGGAGGGAGCGAUAACUGUCAUAUUGAAAGAGGAGGAAGAAGAGGAGGAGAGAGGAGAGAGACUUGACUAUCGUGGAUCUUCUGGGGAGCCUCAACAACAUCAUGAUGCUGACGACGCAGAGACGAGUCUCUCCAGAUCAGAACACCUCAAGGAACACCAGCUGAAACCCACGGGGAAGAAACCUCACUGCUGCUCUGACUGUGGGAAGACUUACUCAAGAUCUGAUUCACUAAAAGUACACCAGAGAAUUCACACAGGAGAGAAAUCUUACAACUGUGAUCAAUGUGGAAAGAGAUGCUCUUCUUCAUCAGAACUUACAAUACACCAGAGAAUCCAUACAGGAGAGAAACCUUAUAGCUGCUCUCAGUGUGGAAUGAGUUUCUCUCGAUCAUAUUCAUUGAAAUCACACCUAAGAAUUCACACAGGAGAGAAACCAUAUGGCUGUGAUCAAUGUGGGAAAAGUUUUGCUACCUCAGCUAACCUGACUGCACACAAGAGAAUACACACAGGAGAGAAGCCUUACCACUGCUCUGACUGCGGAAUGAGCUUUAUCACUUCAAGGGAACUACUCCUACACCAGAGAACACACACAGGAGAGCAACCUUAUAGCUGUGAUCAAUGUGGGAAGAGUUUUACUCAGUCAAACAACCUGAUAUCACACCAGAGAACACACACAGGACAGAAGCCCUAUACCUGUGAUCGGUGUGGGAAAAGCUUUACUCAAUCAGGUCACCUGAAAUCACACCAGAGAACCCACACAGGAGAGAAGCCUUAUAGCUGUGAUCAGUGUGGGAAGAGAUAUUCUGAUUUAAGAGAUCUGAAUAAACAUAAUAACAUACAUCCAGAUUGUGGAAUGAUUGCCAACACCAGUCCUGGGUAGUAGAACAUAGAUUGUGGAAUGACUGCCAACACCAGUCCUGGGUAGUAGAAAACAGAUUGUGGAAUGACCUCCAACACCAGACCUGGGUAGUAGAACACUGCAUCGUGAGGUUUUUAUAUAGUACUUGCGCAGAGCAUUCUAUAUUGGACAUUUAGAAAAAAGUGUGUUUGUGUUGGAGGGGUUGUUAUUCACACUCAUUUUCUUUCCUGAUUGAAGUCAACUUUAUUUUAAUCUUUAGUUUUUCCUCACCACAUGGAAUGAAUGUCAGAAUCCUCUCAAAUUACACUCCCUGGUGUCUUUUGGUCACUUCAGGGAUUUGGUGAGAUACCUGGUCACAGAGGAAUGGACGUGUUUCUCAGAACUUCUGAUGACAAAUAUGACUGUCUUGAUGAGUUGGUGAAUUCUGAUAUUCUGGUUGAUUGUGGCUAGUUUCCUGUUUGUUUCUUUGUAUUUAUCAUGCCCCCCCUUCAGUUAAUUUAACCUAGUUUAUGAUCAAAUUUUUGAAGCUACAUGACAGACCCAUUACAGUACAUCCCAUCCAUCCUCCCCAGACUAAGAUAUUUUACCAGACGUUAUAGUAUGCCUGCCAACGGGUCCUGGUCGGAGGACGCUACGUGUUGGUGGUAUGUCCUGGUCGGACGACGCUACAUGUCGAUGGUAUGCCCUGGUCGGAGGACACUGUAUGUUGGUGGUAUGCACUGGUCGGAGGACACUACGUGUUGGUGGUAUGCCCUGGUCGGAGGACACUACGUGUUGGUGGCAUGCCCUGGUCGGAGGACACUACAUGUUGGUGGUAUGCCCUGGUCAGAGUACGCUAUGUGUUGGUGCUAUGCCCUGGUCGGAGGACGCUACGUGUUGGUGGUAUGCACUGGUCGGAGGACGCUACAUGUUGGGGGUAUGCCCUGGUCAAGGAUACCGUUCAUACAUAAAUAAAUACAUUUCAUAAAUACAGUUCAAAAAUAAAUAGUUAAUAAACAGUUGAUACAGUGCCUUUGGAAAGUAUUCAGACCCCUUGAAUUUUUUCACAUUUUGUUACUUACAGCCUUAUUCUAAAAUGGAUUAAAUGAUGUUGCUUUAGUCAAAUCCUUCUACUCAGCACACAUAGUGGACUGGUGUGUGUAUGUGCUUGUAAUUGGUUUGUAAACUUUAAAUGUUUCAAAUUAUCACUUUGAAUUUGCUUUAAUCAAUGUAUGUUUCCCUCUAUGUACGUUUAAUAUAAUGUUAUAUAAUAUUCAUUAAAUGAAAACAAUGGUUGAAAGUGAAACUUUUUUCCCUGAACUGCAUUACCCACUCCAGUCAGCAGAUGGCGAUGUGCAUUUUUCAGGCGAUGCUGCCUGAGUGUGACGUAUGAUCUCGUGAACGGGACCCUUCUUCAACAGUAACAGCUAAUCGCCACCUCAGUAGAACCGAGGUAAAGACAGUUUCAGGUUGGAUAUUUGACGGAUAUUCGCCUUUCGUUUUCCUGACAUCCACCAACUGCAGUUAGGAACUGUCAACAUAGUGACAAAUAAAAAUGUUCAAAUUUCAAUAGCUUUUUAACCAUUACUCCAAACACUUUCAAAACUGCUUGUAGCUAACCGGAUGGCA